AUGAAGUUCGUGUACCUCCCUAUAGUGGCGAUCUUCUCGCUUUUGUCAUUCUCGACGGCGUUGCCCAUUGAGUUGCAGGCUCUCAGAGCCAGAGACGAGUUCAACGUUCGUCUGGAGGCCGAUGUUUCUCCAGCAUUCGUCUCUCCCUUGGACAAGAGAGAAAACACCUUGCUCACACAGUUCUUCACCUCCUUGAACAAGACAGGCACCGGUGUGACCCUCGCCAAAGCGGCAGUGAGAACUCCUGUCAUUGACGACCAGAUCGUCAAGUUCGUCGCCAACUUGAUUGAAGAGAAGAACUUGACAUACCUUUUGGAAGUCGCAGACAGCAGCGGCCUUGCCUUGGACUUGGUCUUGUUGGUGUUGACGCACUACGAAUUUAUCGAUGGUCUCACUGAUUUCGUCAAGUACUACAAGGGCAACAGCAACCUGACGUCUUCCGGCAGCGGAGGCGGUGGAGGCUUGAUCGGUGGUCUCCUUGGCGGUCUUGGUGGUCUUCUUGGUGGAGGCGGCUCUCUGGGCUCCAACAACACGACUUCGUCGGGUUCUGGCGGCGGUUUGAUUGGAAACCUCAUCAGCGGCCUCACCGGCGGUCUUUUUGGCGGUUCCAGCGGCUCCAGCAACAACUCCACUUCUGGAACAUCUUCGGGCGGCUCCGGUAGCGGCUUGAUUGGCAGCCUCCUCGGCGGACUCUUCGGCUCUUCGGGCUCCUCGGGCUCUGGUUCUUCUUCUGGCAACUCAGGUGCCUCGGCUACUACUUCCAGACCUGCUUCUACCGGCACUGCUUCUGGCUCUGGCUCUGGAGGCAUUGGUGGUCUUUUGGGCGGUUUGUUCGGCGGCUCUAGUGCUGCUGGCGGAGCCUCUUCUGCUCCUGCUGCUGAUACUGCUGCUCCUGCUGCUGCUACCACUUCCAACACAGCUGCCGCUGCCACUUCUGGAGGUGUCUUGGGUGGUCUCUUGGGCGGUCUUGGAGGCAAUUCGGAAACCGCCGGCGCUGCUGCCACUUCUUCUCCAGCUGGCGCCGCUGCUGCCACCUCUGCUCCCGCUGGUGGUGCUGCCGAAACAGCUCCUACUGGCACCGCUGCUGGAGCUCCAGCUGGUGCUAAUACUGCCACAGGCACUGGCGCAGGUUCUGCUGCCACCACUUCUGGCUCUGCUCUCGGUGGACUCUUGGACAACCUUCUCAAGCGUGACGACGAGGAAUUGGCCAAGCGUGAUGUUGAGGCUAUUACUGAGCACUUGCACGAGCUUGCUAAGCGUGCUGAGACCGCCAGCUACCUCGAGAGAAGAGACAUCUGGGACUCUGUGUACCAGCAGAUGAUUCGUCUUAUUGGCAGCGACGCCAACAUCGAGGAUGUGGCUGUUUCAUUGAAGAAGUCUGGUCUUGCGAUCAACGUCAUCUACAACGCUAUCAUGGACUCUGAUUGGUACGGUUUCGACAAGAAGUUGGUGAAGUACCUUGUGGACAACAACAUCGUGACUUGGUCAAUCUUGUUCAGGUCUUUGAUCGACUCUGGCGUGGUGUUCCUGGUCAUUGGAGACAUCAUUGGCAACUCUGACUACAUCAAGCUUGUGAUUGACUUUGUCAUUGCCAUUAUCACCGGCAGGGUCAAUGUGAUCGGCUUGAUCUUGGCCUUCUUCUAA